AUGGGCGAUAGCCGCUGGGAGCGGCCGCUGCAGAGCGAACGCGGCGCAGGUUCGCCCUAUCUUUGCCGGCCGGCGGGCGGGAGUGCGUUGGGCUCCGCGCACGGGCGUGGCGUGACUGCUCCCGGUGGCUUUCCGCGCACACGCCCCCCGGCGAACAACCAUCGCGUCGCUCACGUGCGUCCGGAGGGCCUCGCCGUCGAGGCGGUCGUCCGCAGGGAAGCGGGCUCCAGCGCUGCGACGAUGUCGGACGACCCGCCGCGAGAAGCUGCCGCUGCUCUGAAAGGGGACCCCAACAGAGCCGCGGGGGAGCCCGACGAGGAAGAGGAGGACGAGAAGGAGAUCGAGAACCCGCCGUGGUACGCGACGGCGCUGGUGCGCACGCUGCUGGUGGUGCUGGCCGUGCUGCUGCUGACGUCGUGCCUGCUGGUGUUCGGGAAGGCGCGCAUGUCCUCCAGGGAGGUGGAGGAGCUGGAGGAGCAGUGGGAGCACUCCAUCGACAUGGCGCACAUCAUCGACGUGCCGGCGCGCUGCCCUCAGGGCCAGAGGUACUUCCGAGGGAAGUGCCGACGUGUCUUUUGA